AUGAGUACUCAUUCUCAAUCCCCUGAACCAUCUGCCCCACUUUCCAGUCAAACCAAGCACCAUGGGUCCGGGAGGCAUUGGUCCGAUGAAGAAAGUGCUCUGUUGGAAAAACAUCAGGAGGAGUAUAGAGACACCAAUGACGCUGCUCACACCGAGAUAUUUUCUCGAGUUUUGCAAGACAUGCUCGACAUACUCCCCAAUGGAAAAUUGUUCAAGAAGGAAGAAAGAUCAGCUGUUAAAAAAGAUAUUAAAGAGUGGUUUGCCCAGUACAGUCGUAAGAGAAGUCAGAAAAUGCCGAGGAUGGGAAAGUCGUGGCACGCCCGGCGUGUGUUCCAGCAUGAGAACAAGGACGCCAUCAAUACCGAAGCGAAAAGGCUUUGUGCCAAAGCCAUUGAAGAGGGACAAAAGAGGCCUAAAGGUGGAGAUCCCACUCAUUUUGAUUUUCGGGAGCGGGUCGUGACUCAAAUGAUGGGAAAACUGAAGAAAAGGGAGAAAGACGUACUACAGAGGACAGCCGAGGAGUACAACAAGAAGGGAGUUGACCCAGAACUCAAGUCCAAGUGGUUUAUCUGGACCUUUGUUCGACUGGCUGUAAAGAACUGCACAGCUCGGAUGCAUGCAUUUUCCAAGGAACUUUAUGAUACAAUGGGUGUCUGGGUCUUUAUCUUUGGAUGUUAUCUGAAGCCCGAUGGUACAUUGGAUGUCUCAACCUACGACUUCAAUCAAGAACUCGGCAAUGGGAAAGACUUUAUUGAUAACCAUAGCCAGACUUUCCAUGAGGAAGGAAUAUCGGUAUCUUCUUGGAGAGCACACAAUGAAGAAUACUAUGGGUUGGAGGAUCUUGCUUCGGCCGAAGGAGGACACCGGUCCCAGGGUGCUAUGACUUUGGAGAAGAACCUAUACCUGGAACCUAUUCUACCCGAUCCAUCGAAACCACCUGUUAAAACUUCUCGUGAUAUUCAAAUUUGGAGGCUGAAUAAUUGUGACCGGAAUGGUCCCCGGAUUGGCAAAAACGGAAUGCAACUGGAAUCCGGUUUGUUUGGCACAUGCCCAUUGCCAAACAAUUGUUUGUUUGGCAACGGCUUUCACGCUCAUCCAAACACAACCCUCUCUCCUCCCACCACCACCGUCGUCGCUCCACGUAACCGCCCCCCUCACGUUAUCCAUCAACGUCGCCAACACGACAACGCUGUGCCACGUCACCACGGCACACAAACCAGCACUCCGGAAACAACGUCCAGCACUCCGGAAACAACGUCCAGCGCCCACACGAAACACAACGGCACCACCUCGCCCACGAAAACACCCCACCCAGCACCCACGACAGUGCACAACGGCACACCGCGUCCACGAAAACUCCCCACCGCCCACGACCGAUGGAGAUGGUCGCUGAAGCUCUCCAGUUUUGGUAUGAACGUCAAGAACAACACAAAAUCACCUUUCAAUUUAAAUCCUUUCUUGAGGGGAAAGUGCUGCUGGAAGCACCUCCACGAAGGAAAAUUAAAGUUCACGUUCCUAAACCUCAAGUUCAUAGCAAGUGCCUGCACACCGACAUCCACACUGCCUAAUGAAUUUAUGAAAUGA